CAGAAAUGUCACUUUUCUGAGGUUAUGUGUGUAAAUUUCUGUUUUUGUGAUGGCUUUGUCCAAUAAAGUGUUGGAUCUGUUUCAAAAUUUUUACAAAACAAAACUACUACAACUGACGUAUUUUUUCAAAGACAUUCGGCACAGUUUUCGUUUUUAUGCUUCUGCUCGUCCCGAAUACGACUUAAUUGUACUCGGUGGCGGUUCCGGAGGCCUAGCUGCGGCAAAAGAAGCAGCUGAACUUGGAGCUAAGGUGGCAGUUUUUGAUUUCAUCAUUCCAUCAGCUCGAGGCAUAAAAUGGGGUCUUGAAGGCGAAGCUGUUCAGGAUGCUCGAAGUUACGGUUUUCAAUUCCCAAAACCUGAAAGUCUUAAACACAGCUGGAAGAGUUUGCGAGAAUCUGUUCAAAGUCACAUCAAAAGUAUCAAUUGGGUGACAAAAAUUGAACUGAGAGAUAAGCGGGUGGAGUAUAUCAAUUCUAUGGGAGUUUUUCACGACCCUUACACAAUUGAAGCUAAAAUUAAAAACGAAUGGAGGACUUUUCGGGCUAAAUAUUUUUUGAUUUCGGUUGGGGGACGGCCGAAAUAUCCGGACAUUCCAGGAGCCGAAUUUGGAAUCUCUAGUGAUGAUAUUUUCAGUUUGGAAAACUCUCCUGGGAAAACUUUGAUUAUUGGUGCUGGUUACGUCGGUGUUGAAUGUGCCGGUUUUUUGAGGGGUUUGGGUUACGAUAUUACCGUCAUGGUUCGUUCAGUUGUUUUGCGAGCUUUUGACCAACAAAUGGCUAAACUUGUGACUGAAUCAAUGGUGGCAAAAGGAGUUAAAUUUCUUUAUAAAAGCACACCAACAAGUAUUGAAAGAGGUACUGGAAAGAUGUUAAUAGUUAAAUGGAUUGACGAAACUCGUGAAGAAGGAAGUGACGAAUUUCAGACUGUUCUUUUCGCCAUAGGACGAGAAGCUUGUAUCAGAGCCCUUAGAUUAGAUAAAGCUGGUGUUAAUAUUGUUGAUGAUGGUGACAAAAUUGAGACAAUUAACGAACAAACAAAUGUUCCACACAUUUAUGCCGUUGGUGAAGUCUUGUACAAAAAACCCGAUUUGACGCAAGUAGCAAUUCAUGCUGGUAAACUCCUAGCAAGACGAUUAUUUGGCAAAAGUGCAGUACAAAUGGAUUAUGAUAACAUUGCAACCACUAUUUUCACUCCUCUAGAAUAUGGUAGUGUAGGUCUUAGUGAAGAAACAGCAAUUGAAAGAUAUGGUGAAGACAACAUAGAAAUCUACCACGCUUAUUACAAACCAACUGAGUUUUUUAUUCCUCAAAAAACCAACGCCCAUUGUUAUUUGAAAGUCGUAGCAAAAAGGGAUAACCAACAGAAGGUCUUAGGAAUGCAUUUUAUCGGACCUCAAGCAGGGGAAGUUAUUCAGGGAUUUUCUGCAGCAAUCAAAUGCAAUUUGGCUGUGGAUAAUUUAAGAAACACAGUUGGCAUUCAUCCUGCUAUUGCUGAGGAAUUUAGCAGGAUUAAUCUGACAAAGCGAUUGGCCAAAGAUCCGUUUCCAGUGGCUUCCAACAGUUAAUUUUUGUUUUUUUUAAUUUGUAUUUUGUGUGUAAAAUUAAAUGUACAACGAAAAUAUUUAGUGCAUAAGUGCUCAUAAAUUAGUUUCUAAUAAAGGGAUGUUCUUUUUUGGGC